AUCUUGGCUUCAGGAGAACAUACAUGGCCUUUGAACCUCGCUCUGCUUCAUCCCACUCAUCCUGAAGCCUCCACAGUCUCCUGGGAGACAUUAUCCUGCCCUUUUUUCUAUCUCUCUCUCUCUCUCUCUCUACUUUUGCGACACAGUGGGGUCAGCUUGUUCUUGGUCCAGCGAAGGAAUUCGAUUGCACCAAUCCUGUAAAAAGAUUUCGUAACAGAUUCCAAUGGCCUAUCGCUCCCGAGGCGGCUCCCCCUACCGGCGGCGCCGCGACCCGGAGGCUGGGGGCGGCGACUCCGGCGACUUCGGCGGCGGCGGCCCGUCCCUGGACCCGUUCGACAUCACCAGCACGAAGAACGUUCCGGUCGAUCGCCUCAAGCGCUGGCGGCAAGCGGCACUUGUUCUGAAUGCCUCUCGCCGCUUUCGAUACACCUUGGACUUGAAGAAGGAGGAAGAGAAAAAGCAAAUGCUGAGGAAAAUUAGAGCCAAUGUUCAAGCCCUACGAGCUGCGCAUCUCUUUCAAGCUGCUGGUGAACAUGUUAAUGGAACUGCAAAAUCCCCAAUACCAAGUGGUGAUUUUGGAAUCAGUCAAGACCAACUUGUUUCAAUGACGAAAGAUCAUAAUUAUUCUGCAUUUGAGGAAUAUGGGGGGGUUAAGGAGCUGUCAAACUUAUUAAAAACAAACUUAGAGAAGGGUAUUGGUGGCGAUGAUGCUGAUUUACAUGCACGGAGGAAUGCAUUUGGGUCAAACACGUAUCCUCGUAAAAAAGGAAGAAGUUUUUGGAUGUUCCUCUGGGAAGCUUGGCAAGACCUCACGCUGAUUAUAUUAAUCAUUGCUGCAGUGGCUUCUCUGGUGCUGGGUAUAAAGACAGAGGGUAUUAAAGAAGGAUGGUAUGACGGUGCGAGCAUUACUUUUGCGGUUCUCCUUGUGAUUAUUGUUACCGCUAUAAGUGACUAUAGACAGUCCCUUCAAUUUCAGAACUUAAAUGAAGAAAAAAGAAACAUUCACAUGGAGGUUGUCAGAGGUGGUCGAAGAGUUGAGGUGUCAAUAUAUGAUAUAGUUGUUGGUGACAUUAUACCCCUUAAUAUUGGCAAUCAGGUACCCGCUGAUGGAGUUUUGGUUUCUGGUCAUUCUCUUGCAAUCGAUGAAUCUAGCAUGACUGGAGAGAGCAAAAUUGUUCAUAAAGAUUCGAGGCGUCCUUUUCUAAUGUCUGGAUGCAAAGUUGCUGAUGGUAGUGGUAUUAUGCUGGUAACGAGCGUUGGAAUUAAUACUGAAUGGGGGAUGCUUAUGGCCAGUAUUUCAGAAGACACUGGAGAAGAGACACCCUUGCAGGUACGCUUAAAUGGGGUCGCUACGUUUAUUGGGAUUGUUGGGCUGACUGUAGCUGUAGCAGUUUUGAUUGUACUUUUGGCAAGAUACUUUACUGGCCAUACAAAAAAUUCAGAUGGCAGUCGUCAGUUUACGGCAGGGAAAACUAGUGUUAGUAAUGCCGUAGAUGGAGCCAUCAAAAUUUUCACAAUUGCUGUCACAAUUGUGGUGGUUGCAGUGCCUGAAGGGCUUCCUUUAGCUGUUACACUGACACUUGCUUACUCAAUGAGGAAAAUGAUGGCGGACAAGGCAUUGGUGCGAAGACUUUCAGCUUGUGAGACUAUGGGAUCGGCCACAACCAUAUGUAGUGACAAGACUGGUACCUUGACUUUGAACCAGAUGACAGUGGUUGAAGCUUAUGUUGGUGGGGAGAAAAUGGACUCUGCUAAUAGCAGUUCACAGCUACCCACAACAAUUGUUUCAUUACUCACUGAAAGUAUUGCUCAGAAUACCAAUGGCAGUGUUUUCACCCCUGUGGGUGGGGAAGAUGUUGAGGUUUCUGGCUCACCGACGGAGAAGGCCAUCCUCCAUUGGGGACUUAAGCUUGGGAUGAACUUUGAAGCGAUCCGAAUGGAGUCCUCAAUAAUUCAUGUUUUUCCAUUUAAUUCUGAGAAGAAACGAGGGGGUGUCGCAUUAAAGCUGACAAACUCGGAGGUUCAUGUACACUGGAAAGGAGCUGCUGAAAUAGUCUUGUCCUCAUGUACCCGAUACAUGGAUUUGAAUGAUCAGGUGGCUGCAUUGGAUGAAAUAAAGGUGAUGCUUUUUAAGAAGGCUAUUGAAGAUAUGGCUGCUAGUAGUCUACGCUGUGUUGCCAUUGCAUAUAGGACCUAUGACUUGAAAGACAUUCCAACUGACGAAGAACAAUUAACUGAGUGGGCACUGCCCGAGGAUGAGCUUAUUUUACUGGCUAUUGUUGGCUUGAAGGAUCCAUGUCGACCUGGUGUAAAAAAUGCUGUACGAUUAUGCCAAAAAGCUGGUGUUAAAGUACGCAUGGUUACAGGCGACAAUCUUCAAACUGCUAAAGCAAUAGCUUUGGAAUGUGGGAUAUUAGGUUCUGAUGCAGAUGCUACUGAGCCUAAUCUCAUUGAAGGAAAAGACUUUCGUGCCUUAUCUGAUUUUGAAAGGGAAGAAACUGCAGAAAAGAUUUCCGUGAUGGGACGAUCCUCGCCUAAUGACAAGCUUCUGCUUGUGCAAGCUCUGAAGAAACGAGGACAUGUAGUUGCCGUCACUGGAGAUGGCACAAAUGAUGCUCCUGCUUUACAUGAGGCAGAUAUUGGCCUUGCAAUGGGUAUUCAAGGGACGGAAGUUGCUAAGGAGAGCUCUGAUAUCAUUAUCUUGGAUGAUGAUUUUGCCUCUGUUGUGAAGGUUGUCAGGUGGGGACGAUCUGUAUAUGCAAAUAUCCAGAAAUUUAUCCAGUUCCAGCUUACAGUUAAUGUUGCAGCUCUUGUGAUAAAUGUCGUUGCUGCUGUUUCCUCCGGUGAUGUUCCAUUAAAUGCAGUGCAGCUUCUCUGGGUUAAUCUCAUCAUGGACACUCUUGGAGCACUGGCUUUGGCCACAGAGCCCCCUACAGAUCACCUGAUGGAUAGGACACCUGUUGGUCGGAGAGAACCUCUCAUAACCAAUAUUAUGUGGCGGAACUUGCUGAUACAGGCUGUUUAUCAAGUUUGUGUCCUGCUUGUUCUUACUUUUCGAGGAAGGAGCCUGCUAAAUCUAAAGAAUGAUCAUGCAAACAAAGUGAAAAAUACUUUGAUCUUCAAUGCAUUUGUCCUUUGCCAAAUUUUCAACGAAUUUAAUGCUCGGAAACCAGAUGAAUUAAAUGUGUUCGAAGGAAUCACCAGAAACCACCUCUUCAUGGGAAUAGUGGGUCUAACACUUGUUCUUCAGGUCAUUAUAGUGGAGUUUCUUGGAACAUUUACUUCAACAGUAAAGCUUAAUUGGAAGCAGUGGCUCAUAUCGAUCAUUAUUGCUCUCAUCAGUUGGCCUCUCGCCAUUGUUGGGAAACUGAUACCUGUCCCAACGACUCCCCUGAGUGACUAUUUUCACAGGAUAGUAUGCUGUUGUAGACGUUCCUGAGGUUAGCUCAUGGAUGGCAAGGAACAUAUAGAGCUGCUACGGGACUGUAAAUUAGCAAGCAGGUAUUAUCUGCGUCAUUUCCCUUUCAGCCAUACUUCCUUGUAAAGGACGAACUUCCGAAUCUCAGAAAAUUUGGCUCCAUUUUGACCAAAUAGUUAAUAUUGUGAGGUUUAAAGCUUUCAAAUCCACUAUUUUACUUAUGGUCGUGUUCAGAACUUCACAAAUUUUGAAGCCCAAGUUGAGGCAGUAGUUCAUUCUGAAGGAUGAAUUUCGUAUUUUAAGAAAGUUUGGCUCCUUUUGGUCAAAUGCUUGACAUUGUAAGGUUUGGAUCUUUUGAAUCAUCUUAUUGUGGAUCUCAUGAAUCAGAAAGUUUAAAGGUACUGAGAAUGACCGCGUAAUGAGAU